AUGAAGAAAAAUGAAAAUAGCUUCGUGCUCGUCGAGAUAAUUGUUUCAAAGUCAACUGUGACCUGGUAAAACUCGCAUCGUUUGAUCGAUGGUCGUCACGUAACGUCUCCUUCAAACUACUGUCGAUUUUUCUGUCGUGUGUUCCUUUUUUUUUUUUUUUAGUUUUCUGUACGAGCCUGUUUUGAACAUAGAAACUCAGGAAGUAGUGGUGAUAAGCCAGUGUACUGAUGAUCAGAGAUUUGGAAUACCUAAGAAAUUACUUAACAACUGUAUUCCGAAGGCACGGUUUAUUUUACUGUCCAGUACAAUAACAAUUGUGGUUGCGGUUGUUGUAGGUGCUGUGUAUCAUUCAUGCACGACUUUUUCCACAUUGCAAAAUUCAAUUCUUAUUAGAUUCGUAUCUCUUGAAGCAAAUUUGGAGAAAAAAUCUGAACAGAGCAAACGAGAUACCAGAGUUCACAUCAUUGAGCCAUCAAAUCCCUAA